AUGGGCACUGGCGGUGGGAACUGGUCAAAAAGUCUCCGUCACUUGGCCACAGGUGAAAGCGAGCUAGCGCGAAUUUGCAGUCGAGAGGAUCAUUCUGCAGCAAUGAGCGUUCAGGUCUACCGUUGUCUGCAGAACUCCAAAGAAGCAUCGGAUGCGUGGCAGCGCUUUAAGACGGAGCUUGCCGGAGGGCCUCCUAUGGACUUGGGCGCCUGGGCGCGAAUCCUCCUGGCAGCAAAAAAGGUACCCACUCGCUACCGUAACUGGCGGAGGGUUCAAGAGAACCUCAGGCUGAGUUUAGAGGACUUGUAUCAGUGGGAGCGUGCCAAGCAAAUCGUUCACGAGCGGGUGAACACCAGCUUUCAGAGCGCAGAUAAAAGUCAUCAGGAGCUGCUGCAGAAGCUGCGGCAACUGGUCGAACCCAUGCUCCCAGCCGGAGCAAGGGCACCGAACCGCGACUGGCGGUAUGUCGGUUUCCAGGGUGAUGAUCCAGGCACAGACUUUCGCGGAAUGGGCAUCUUCGCGCUUCAUCAACUUAUAUACUUUGCAGAAACCCGACCCCGCACUGUCCAGCGUAUCCUCAGUGAGGCAAACGAGGAACGCUGGAGUGAUGUUUCGGAGCACACAACCAGCACAGGAUCAUCGAUGCCGCAACUAAAGCGCUACUACCCGUUCGCGGUCACUGGGAUUCACGUCAGUGCCUUUGUAGCUCGACUUGUGCAACACGGUGCGCUCAUGACAGCGUGGAUUGGUGAAAGCUCAGAUACUAUCCUCCGUAAGAUUAAUGACCUGUACUGUGACACUUUCAUUUUGUUUCAUGAGCUUUGGCGCAAAGGGCCUGAACGUAGCAUCAUGGAGUUUCAGCAGGUAUUCCGCGAAUGCUGUGCUCAAGUCGAGCGACAGAUCCAGCUUGGCGUGUUUCUUCCGCAUGCACCAUAG